AAGACUUCCAAGUCAAUCAAGUUCUUUAACAAAUCACGAUCUUUCCCCUUCCCUCCCUUCCCCUCCCUUCCAGAACCCUCUUUCAUUUUUCCGACGCUUUCAAGUUCUUCUUUCAUGGCGUCCGAUCUCGAAGCCAGGGCUAAGGAGGCGUUUAUCGAUGACCAUUUCGAACUUUCCGUCGAGCUCUACACUCAGGCCAUCGCUCUUAGUCCCAAGAAAGCCGAGCUUUACAUUGACCGCGCUCAGGCCAACAUCAAACUCGGCCAUUACACUGAGGCUGUCGCUGAUGCUAACAAAGCAAUUGAACUUGACCCUUCAAAUUCAAAAGCAUACUUGCGCAAAGGCACUGCGUGUCUGAAGCUCGAGGAAUAUCAAACAGCGAAGGUUGCCUUGGAGACAGGUUCUGCUAUGGCCUCAGGAGAUUCAAGAUUCUCAAGUUUAAUAAAAGAAUGUGAAAAACUCAUUGCCGAGGAAAUGGGCGAUCUUCCGCAGGAAUCUGUUGAAGAAACUGUUCAGGAACCUGUUUUACCAACAAAUAAUGUUGUACAUGUGAGUGAUCAAUUGCAUCAGGCAACAGUUGAAGCCAAACCGAAAUUCAGGCACGAAUUUUAUCAGAAGCCAGAAGAAGUGGUCGUGACCAUAUUUGCAAAGGGCAUACCAGCUGAAAAUGUUGCUGUUGAAUUUGGUGAACAAAUUUUGAGUGUUACUAUCAAUCUUCCUGGUGAAGAUACAUAUCGUUUCCAGACUCGUUUAUUUGGGAAGAUAAUACGCGAGAAGUGCAAAUUUUUGGUUUUAUCUACGAAAAUUGAAAUUCGUCUAGCAAAGGCUGAGCUAAUAACCUGGACGAGUCUUGAAUUCAAAAAGGAUAAUAGAAUUACCCAGAGCAUUAGUGUCCCCGCUAGUGGAUCUCAGAGGCCUUCUUACCCCUCCUCUAAGCCCAAAAGAGAUUGGGAUAAAAUUGAAGCUGAAGUGAAAAAGGAGGAGAAAGACGAAAAACUAGACGGGGAUGCAGCUUUGAACAAGUUUUUCCGAGACAUAUACAAGGACGCCGACGAGGAUACGAGAAGGGCCAUGCAAAAAUCAUUUGUGGAGUCGAAUGGCACGGUCCUGUCCACGAACUGGAAGGAGGUCGGGACGAAGAAGGUGGAAGGUAGCCCUCCAGAUGGUAUGGAGUUGAAGAAAUGGGAGAUCUGAUGAAAAGAGAGAGCAUAAUAUUUCCCAUUGGUUUGUUGAUGAUGCUUAAUGAUUUCUUAUCAGUUUGCAGUUUUGGUUUUGUCUACGAUGAUUUCUGUAAAACCAACAACCAAGUGUUCGCUUAUUUUCUUGCGUUUGCAACUCUUAUGUUUGUAUUCAGAAAUUGAUUGAGAAAUGCCUCCAUUACAUCUAAUUAUUUUUA